AUGAGCGACCGGGACAUCAAUCAACAGGUUCGAAGGACGGCUUCAUCCUCUGAAGUACCUGAGGUUAGAUCUACCGGGUCUAAACACCGAACUACCUCGAUCCGAUGGGCCAAAAACCUUCCAAUUCCAGAUCGGAGAUUAUCUCCUUCUUCCGUCAACAACCUCACCUCCAGCCCCAAGGCUCGACGAGCCGCUUUCCAAUACAACGAUAGCGACAUCAACGACGAACCCAAAUUCAGUACUCAGGACCACGCCAAGUACGUUGCCGGGCAGCGAGCCUACGUCGUCGACGCGAACUUCGAGGAGACGCAGAAGAAACGAGUAGACGAAACUGUCUCCGAUCGCCAGGCUAUCCAGAAAGACGAAGAAGACAUGAACCCUGUAGCAUCCAUCAACCAGGCUCCGGCAGCCGAGUAUAUCCCACCACACAAGCGCAGUAUCAAGCCCAAGCCCAAGAUUGAUAUUGAGGUCCCAAGCCAAGAGCAACCCACCAUGACUGGCUACUACGUUCAGUCCGAUACGGAAUCAUCUGGCGGCUACACCAACUCUCGUGCCCCCAUGUCCGGAUCCACCAAGGAAUCAACCCCCUGA